AUGAAGUCAUUCCUAGCUUUGAGGCCAGUUUUGUUUAAAAGGGAACUGCUGCUUGCUGCUGCAAGCCGUGGGAGGUCUUUUGCACUGUGCACUGCCGCUGCCACCACCAGUCAGAAGAGAGUCAAGCUCAGUUUGAGAGGGUACAGUACGAAGAAGAGUGUGAUUGUUGGGGGUGGUGGGCUCAAGGUGGAGUUUGAGGGGGGGGGGAAGAAAAGGGAGAGUUUGUAA